UAAUCCCGAAGAAAGGAGUUUGUAAUUCCAUCCAAGAAAGAAAGAGGGAAAGAUGAUAGAGGUGGUGCUGAACGAUCGCCUGGGGAAGAAAGUGAGGGUUAAGUGCAACGAAGAUGACACGAUCGGCGAUCUGAAGAAGCUAGUGGCGGCGCAGACGGGGACGAGGGCGGAGAAGAUUCGGAUUCAGAAGUGGUACAACAUCUACAAGGAUCAUAUCACUCUCAAGGACUACGAGAUCCACGACGGCAUGGGUCUCGAGCUCUACUACAAUUAGCGAACCGAACCGGAGGUGCUAAGCAAAGGAUGUAAAAAUCGCAAAAAAAACAAACAUUAUGUCUGUAAAAUUGGCUGAUUGGUUUCUGAUUAUGUUAUGCUUUGGUAAAACUAAAAUCAAAUGUGUUGUAAUAAGCUCUACUCUUACAACUUUUGUCUACGGUACUUGUCUCUUGGUGUGCUUUGUUUCUUGAUGUUGCCCAUAUCUUCUUGGAAAUGCUUCUAUAUUUUGUUCGUUUAGAUUAACAAUCAUCUGUUGACUUUUCCAACUUACUCGCGUUGCUAAAAGACCCUGAGAGAAAUAAACUUCAAGAGUACGUAUUAUUGCAAAAGCCAAAAGUCAAAAGCAAAAGAAUCUUUAACUCCGCUAAUCAAAAAGAUAAAGACAUAUGUACUAUGGACAUCGAA